AUGUUUCUCUCAGUGAAUAUUAUUUUCAUUGCAUGUUGCGCGGGCGUCGUUUCUUUCACGGAGGACACGUGUUGGAGUUCGACAUGCGAGACACCGAACGUAGAAAAAUGUUGGGGCUACGAGUCGGGCUGUACACCAGAAAAAUGGAUUUACGACGAAAUUCAAUGCGACGGAGCCCACCAACCACCCCUUUCAGGUAAGACAGAACGAUUCUGGUAUGACGCCGACUUCGGGUACGUCAAGAAGUAUCGCGAAAUGCAAACCAUAUGCGCACCGGAAUUAUCCGGGAACUCGGCGUCUCCCGACGUCGGCCAAUCGGAGUUACGAUGCGACGCGCACAUGCGCAUUUGCCACGCGACGAACUUGUACGCCGAUUUCAGCAACCUUCGCAUAGCACACAGCGCGGGCUCAUACCGAGAGGACGUAUUCGAUGAGGGACAAAUCGGUGGACAUUGUCAGUACCACGAAAACCUCCAUGACAGAGACAGUGAACACAAAGGUCCCGUAUGGUCGUGGAUAUCCGAGCUACAGAGCUACAGAUCACUCGACUUCCGGCCAUUCAAACGGGACGGCUCGCCGGAUCGCAGCCACUGCGACUUGGUCGAGACUCGUCCCGUCGUGUUCAUGAAACUUGACGUCACCGUCAACAUGUACCACCACUUCUGCGACUUCUUCAAUCUCUACGCAUCGCAGCACGUCAACGGCUCGUUCACCGACGACAUACUAAUCGUCGUGUGGGACACGCGGAUGGUUCGCUGCGUCGACAGCCUAUUCGGCGCGACGUGGAGCGCGUUUACUCGUCAUGAGAGAAAGAUGAUCGCAGACUAUGAUGGUAAACGAGUCUGUUUCCGUGACGUCAUGUUUGCUUUACUUCCCCGGAUGAGACUCGGGUUGUAUUACAGCUCGUUUAUUACACCCGGAUGUCGUAACAGCGGGCUGUUUAAGGCUUUUAAUCGGCACAUUCUUGCCCGAUUGGGUAUCAAGCAGCAACGCGUGUCGAGUGAUGGGUUACUGCGGGUGACUCUUUUGGUCCGCGGGACGACCUACAGACGGAUACUCAAUGAGGACGAGUUGGUGGAUGCUAUGAGAAGUGAUGGCUCGUAUGACGUAUCCGUUGUGAAUUAUAAUUACAGCAUUCCGUUCCUUCAACAGUUGAGUGUCACACAAAAUAGCGACAUUUUUGUUGGUAUCCAUGGAGCCGGUCUCACACACUUGCUCUUCUUGCCCGAUUGGGCGACCGUAUUCGACUUGUUUCAUUGCCACGAUCGUCGGUGUUAUUACGAUCUGUCGAGGCUUCGAGGAGUCGACUACGUAACCUGGGAGGAUGAGGAAAAAUUAGAGAUGGUUGAUAUUAAUCGGGAGUAUGGAGGAGGAUACGCUAAGUUUUCGAAUUAUCGUUUCAACGUCGAAGAGUUUAUGCGUCUGCUGAAAGAGGCAGAGGCGGGCGUUCGUAGGAAAUUGCAGCUUUAUAAUUUUUCACACAUAAACGAUGCAAGAUAACAAUCGCAGUGUGUGUGUGUGUAAAAUCACGUGGUUUGGAUCAGAGUGAUGUCACAAAUUUCUAUGAUGAAACAGAAGUUCAUACUUUAGAGUGUAAUUAGUACUGGCGGCGUAAUGAUGUAACUUAUGUAUGUAGCAUCAUAUGUCCAUACCUUCAAAUGACAAAAUUCAAGUUUCUCCCCAAAUGUCUUGAUGUUAGCAUCCUGCUA